GUUGACGAGUUAACUCGUCCUUUCGGAGCAGCGUGUUAACCGUGCUUCCGGGUUUGGAAUUCUGGGAUUAUUGUUCCUAGCAGGGGCGAAGAUGAUAUGUAAUUAAAUCAAGAUUAAAGGAAUGGUUUUGUUUUGUGGGAUUUAAGCAUUAGUGUUUGCGUACCUAGCCAGGAUCAAAGGACAUUGAGAAAGUCAUGACACGCCGCGAUGAUUUCAAAAAUGCCCGCUCCUUGCUUUGCAGCUGCAUACUCUUGCGACACACGAAUACUCGUGGCAGUAAAUUAUUCUUUUCUGACCUAUGGAAAUUAAAUAUAAAAUCAAUGUUUACAGAAUAAUGUUUAUAUAUGUUGCGGUUAGAAUUUGCGGAUAAAACUUUGGUUAUAAAUCGUAGAGGAAUUCAUUGGUUUGAAUUUUUGAAAUUUUCUUACCCAUUUGCGAUAAUAAUGUAUUAUUCUGUAGUCUGAAAGUAUAUUAAUGUAUGUAAAUAUUAUGUUUUGAUGUUGAUUUACAUUUUUUUUUAAUAAAUCAGCAGAUUCCACACGGUACGUCGUUCUUGAGAAGAGUGGGACAGUUGGUCAUGCACGUGCGAUGAGAAUGGAGUGCGUAACCUGACGUAUCCCUUGUGUACUGAAAUUUCGGAGUGAAUUAUUAAAAAUGUUUAACGAGAUAUAACGUUGUACCGUACUAUUGGCAUUUGUGUAUUUCAAUAAAGUUCGAUCUAUUUCUAUAAAGUUUAUAGGCAAUGUAUGCGUUAAGGUUAAGUGCGAUGUGCUGUGUUAAAAGUUUGUAAUAGUAAUUUAGGAAAAGUAUUGUACCGAAAAUAUAUUCUUGAAUACAAAAGCAAUCUGUUGCUGAUAGCCUGACACACCUGUCUAUUAUUAACACUUGCAAAUAACAAUUUUCAAUUAUGGCCUCUGAUAAAUCUGUCAACUCGAACCACACAGAUCUGACUAACGUGAAAAUAAAAGUAGAACCGGGAACAUCGAUGCCGGUUCCUAUAAGAAGCAUUAAAACCGAGCCUGGUUUAUCGACGGCUACUACUAGACUAACUUCGUUUCGUUUGCCAAGAGAUCUAACAUUAGGAGGCAACAUUAAAACUGAGAGACCUAAGAAAGUGUACACACCAAAUUUAAAUGCUCAGAGAACAAAAAAGAAAGAGGAUGCAACACCGGCUGAUUCUGUAAAACCAGGUAGAGGUAGAGACAAUCGGGGACGUGGUAGAGGUGAAAGAGGCAGAAACGACAGAGGACGUGGAAGAGCAAGCAAUCUAAUACAGUCCAGUGGUAUAUGGUCUACUGGAAUAAAUAGUACCCCAGGGAAACGUAGUAGCAGUGGCGGUGGUGGUGGUGGUUAUGGAGAUAGUGAUAGAAGUACACAGAAUACCUUAGAAAGACCAAAAUUAGAUUUAAAUCGCAGUGUUAAUAAAGCUGAGGAAGAAGAAAAAUUGAAAUUAUUGUUGAGAGAUGAUUUUAUCGAUGAUGGAGAACCUGUAGAUCUUGAUAAUGGACCUGUUAUGCUACCUAUGGUCAAAGCCAAACUGAAGAAUGAAGAAACUAAACAGGAAUUAGAAGUAGAAGAAGAAGAAAUAAAUGAGAAGCCAAUUAUAUUAGAGAAUGGAGAGGUAUUACCACCUAAAACAGAAGUUAAAGUGCCUAAAUCAAAAAUAGAACUGAAGGACGAGUUUGAUAGCAUUCCAGAAAUGAUUGAAAAUAAGUCUAAUUCGUAUAUACUAAUUCAGUUUCCAGAUUGUUUACCUGGUUUCGUGGGUAGCGCGGAAGACACUAGAACAACUCGUCCAAACGUCACAAGUCAGGAAAAGCGAACCACGAGUACUUCAGAAACAGAAUUCUGCACUUUGAAUACUUUGAAACCUGGUAUUCUAGGAAAAUUGCAGAUUUUAAAGUCUGGUAAAACGCGAUUAGUGUUAGGAGAAAAUAAUUUGAUCGUGGAUGUAGGAUCGCAUCUUAGCUUUCGACAGGAUCUGAUUGCUGCGAAAUUAGAUACUGAACAAUUAAAUGGUGAUCUAAUUAAUCUUGGACCAGUUAGUAAUACGCUUAUAUGUUCCCCCGAUUGGGAAUCUAUGUUGGCCAAAUUGUAAAUAUAUUUAUACUGUGCAUACAAUUUUAUACAGUAUUUAAAAUUCAAAACUCCUGGAAACAAAAUAUGUUG